GGGACUAGGAUGGAGUUAAGCGGGGCCCCAUCUGGAUCCCAGGUCCCCCAGACUGCCACCUCCACUUCUCUGCCAGUCACCAUGGCUGGGACUUUGCUCCGGGGCCCCCAGCUGCUUCUUAGGGCAACUGAGAAGUAUCCCCGCACCCCGAAGUGUGCCCGCUGCAGGAAUCACGGGGUGGUGUCGGCAUUGAAGGGCCACAAGCGGUAUUGUCGUUGGAAAGACUGCAUGUGCGCCAAAUGCACGCUGAUCGCGGAGCGCCAGAGGGUCAUGGCCGCGCAAGUUGCGCUCCGGCGGCAGCAGGCUCAGGAGGAGAACGAAGCCCGCGAGCUGCAGCUGCUCUAUGGAACCGCCGAGGGGUUAGCGCUGGCCGCGGCCAAUGGUAUUAUCCCACCCAGGCCCGCCUACGAGGUCUUCAGCUCUGUGUGCUCGGAUGGAGGCUCAGAGACCAAGAUCCAGAAGUUUGAACUGUUCCCCAAGAACCUCAUCCCCAGGUCAAUGACUCCUCAGCAGCUGACCCCCGGGGCCAAGCCAGUGACUACAGACAGUGAAUCGGUGACUGGAAGCACCCAAGGAGCCUCCUCUCCAGAAGUGAGACCCGGUUCUGGUUCGGAAAACGGGGACGGCGAGUCCUUUCUCAGCUCCCCAAUGUCCAAGGCCCUGAAAGAAGGAGAGGACACCCCGAGCUCCAUCAGCCCACUGGGCUCUGAGUCUGGUUCUGAUGGCGAGAAAGACGAGCAGGACCCAAGUUCUUCUUCCUCAGCCAGGCAGAGGACCCCCAUUGACAUUCUGACCAGGGUCUUCCCGACCCAGAAGAGGAGCGUUUUGGAGCUGGUGCUACAAGGCUGCGGCGGAGAUGUGGUCCAAGCCAUAGAACAGAUCCUGAACAACAGGGGCCAGGAGAAGGGUGACGAGACCUGGUCUAGAGAAGCGGCUCUUCAGAGCAUCCAACCUUCAGUGUCCACCAGCCACCGGCCACUUAUAGCUGGAGCCAUCACCCCAGCCAUAGGGACCUUGGGAAGCAGGUCUGCCUUCUCCCCUCUACAGCCCAAUGCCACCCACUUUGGCACAGACACCAACACAUACCAGCUAGGUGGACACCUGGGACUCAACCCUUUAAGACUGGCCUAUUCUGCCCACAGCAGAGGACUUGCCUUCAUGACACCUUAUUCCACAGCUGGCUUCAUGCCCACCCUUGGCUUCCGCCCACCUAUGGACUAUGCCUUUAGUGACCUGAUGAGGGACCGGGCGAAUGUGCACAAGGACCAGGUCUACACAAACGGUCUCUAUAGCGCUGUAGUUAAUAACAACACCGAGAAGCAAUGAACUGAGCUCAGCCAUAAGGACUUCAUUGCUGGGUCGGAACCCUGAGACUCUGAAGGUCUCCUAAGGCCUGGGGACUAUGCUUGGUUUUAAGGAUCACAUGUAGGACCACCAUUAUGAAAUCCAGGACGCUUGAAACUGAAUUUUUCUAAAACCUAGUCUUGUUUUUUAUCCAGUCAGCCAUGUUCU